AUAUAGGGUACUUCAUUGUACUAUUCCUUCAGUUUUUCUAUAGGUUAAAAACUUUCAAAAUAAACUUAGGGAAAAAGGAAGAAGCCAAAAGACCUGGUUUAAUUUCCUAACUAUAUUCUUUUUUAUCUAAUAAUAAGUUAAUAGCUAAGCAAUGAAAACAAAACAGUUAUUUGGGUAUAACUUUAUAUUUAGGAAUAAAACCAGCUAACAGUCAGUCAUGUACUUAGUUGUAAGAAUUACAAAAUCAGAAAUAAAGUUCUAUUGCUCAUUAGAGGGACUUCUCAUAUUUUAUGGCUUAUACUUUCUAAGGAAAUACGCUGGAGGAAAUGGACUAGGUGUGUAUUAAGGAGUUUAAGUUUGCACUAUGGGUAGAUAUGGAAAUAUUUAACAAACCCUAACUUUUCUUUUUCACAAGUCUUCAUGUCUAUGAAAGUGAUUAUAAUUAUUUGCCCCCUUUCUCUAGGUAAAAAGAAAAAAUCAGCUGUAUCUUUGCUUAGUUGUAGCUAAAUUGCUCUGGUUGAUAGAAGCAGAGAUAUAAAUAUAUUGGUGUAAAAGGACACAUAGGAGAUAAGACUAUGUAUUUAUUGCCCAUUUAUGUAAUUACAUGUGUCACUGAGGACAAAGGUCUUUAAAACAAAGACAAAAGGCAGAGUAGAAGCAGUUCCCUACAGUAAGAUAGAUGGACUUGCUACCACUUCCCUCUUCAUGAAUUUUCCUUCUGCGUGCUUGCAGAUCCUUCUGGCUUUAUAAUCACAUUUGAAAACUUGACCAUCUUUUUGGGCACAGUUCAAUGGCUGAAGAGAUGCUUCACUCCAAUAAAAAGAAAAUGAAAAAUUUUCAAGAGCAUUCAUAGGCUUCGAGCCAAGAGGAGAGCAACUUCAUUCCUGAGAUCUGGUAGUUGUUCCAGGAGGAAGUAACAACCGAGACCACAGUACCAUGGAUGUGGUAGGCGAAAACGAGGCCCUCCAACAGUUCUUUGAAGCUCAAGGUGCCAAUGGUACUCUGGGGAACCCCACCCUGGAUACAAGUCUACUGGAGGAGUUCCUGGGCAAUGAUUUCGAUUUGGGAGCCUUGCAAGGCCAGCUCCCAGACACCCCACCCUAUUCUGCAUCAGAUUCCUGCUCUCCUCCACAGGUCAAAGGUGCAUGCUGUCCGACUCUGACACCUACAGCCCGGGGGACACCAGCUGCCCUCCUCCAUUCGGCAAAUGCACCUGGGAUUCUGCCUGCACACCAGUCGCACAGCUCGUCUGAAAUGAGCAACUCUGGCCAUCCCCACAGAGCCUUUCACAACUGCUACCCAGACGCCAGUCACCUCAUGAGCCCCCUGGACCAGUCUGUGUCUGGGGGAAUUGGUUGUUCUUACCAUCAGCAGCCUCUGUGCCACAGUCCUGGAGUCUCAUUGCCACCAACCAAGAAGAGAAAGUGCACACAAAUGCUGGAGGACUCCGGGGACUGUCACGUGUGGACCCACCACUCCAGACCCAUGACAGGUAGGAGUCACAGCAUCGAAGUGCAAGACCUUGACAGUGAGAGACAGAACAUGAUGCUUGCGGACCAGCCCUCUCCUGCUUUGAAGUGGCAGCCAUACCGAAGUGUUCCUUGGCACAGCUUAUUAAACAGUCAAUAUGAAAAACUACCUGAUGUAGGCUAUCGAGUCGUCACAGACAAAGGAUUUAAUUUUUCGCCAGCAGAUGAAGCUUUUGUUUGCCAAAAGAAGAACCAUUUUCAGAUCACCAUCCAUAUUCAAGUUUGGGGAAGUCCAAAAUUUGUCAAAACUCAAAUGGGUCUAAAGCCAAUAGAAAUGUUUUACUUGAAACCUUUUGGGGUUAAGGUAGAAGCCACCAAUCAAAUAAUUGCUAUUGAACAGUCCCAAGCAGACAGAAGCAAAAAGAUUUUCAAUCCUAUUAAAAUUAACCUGCUGGCCGACCAGGUCACCAAAGUAACUCUGGGCCGGUUACACUUCAGCGAAACCACAGCAAAUAACAUGAGAAAGAAGGGGAAGCCAAACCCUGACCAAAGAUACUUCAUGUUGGUGGUUGGACUGUAUGCUGCUAACCAAGACCAGUUCUACCUGUUGUCUGCCCACAUCUCUGAACGGAUCAUUGUAAGGGCCUCCAACCCUGGGCAAUUUGAAAAUGACAUUGAUGCAUUAUGGCAGCGAGGACAAGUUCCAGAGUCUGUCGUUUGUCAUGGUCGAGUGGGCAUAAACACAGAUGCACCGGACGAAGCCCUGGUUGUCUGUGGCAACAUGAAAGUGAUGGGGACGAUUAUGCAUCCCUCUGACAGCCGGGCAAAGCAGAAUGUCCAGGAGGUUGACACAAACGAACAGCUGAGAAGAAUAGCCCAAAUGAGGAUUGUUGAAUAUGACUACAAGCCUGAAUUUGCAUCUGCAAUGGGAAUAAACACUGCCCAUCAGACAGGAAUGAUUGCCCAAGAGGUGCAAGAGAUCCUGCCCAGAGCUGUGAGGGAGGUCGGUGAUGUCACCUGUGAAAACGGAGAGACGUUGGAGAACUUCCUCAUGGUGGAUAAGGACCAGAUCUUCAUGGAAAAUGUGGGUGCAGUGAAGCAGCUUUGCAAAUUAACCAACAACCUUGAAGAAAGAAUAGAAGAGUUAGAAAUAUGGAACAGAAAGCUGGCCAGGCUAAAGCGGCUCAGUAGUUCGAAGUCCUCUGCCAGUGAGGCGAGCUCAAUCAGCAAAUUUAGCAGAGCUCUUAGUGCAUCUUCUCCAAAAAGGACCAUUUCCAAAAAAAACAGCAAGGUUUCUUUUUCAGGAAAAAAACAGUCAUGUCCUAACUGGGUUUUCCAGAGCUUGGUUAUAACCCUCAUUGCUGUGAUGGCAUUUUGUGGCUUGACGAUAGUCUCCCUUUACAUACUUAGCUUAAAAGAUCAAGACCGAUGCACCCCAAGUGCCCCUUCCAGCAACCUCACAAGCUCUCAGGAGCCAGCUCUGCCCUCCACAGUUUCCCCCUCAGCACCUAAUACAACCCUGGCAACCACACUGCCCUCCUUCCAAGUACCUGAGAUCACUUUCUGUGAGAUCCUGCCAUGUCAGCAGACUUAUUGCUGCCCCAUCUGGGGAACAAGAAGAGGCCUCUCAAGCCCCAUGCAAAGACAGUCGGAGGAGCAGGAGCUGCAUCGGGGGCCAUGGGCAGGCAGAAGCACAUCAUUCUUGGCAGCAGAGGCACAAACCAACGUUGACUGGAGGAGUGAUUGGAUUGAUACAACCAUCAGUUCUAUUCAGAUUAUGGAAAUCCAGCAAAUAAUAGAUCGGCGGUAUUGCAGUAGAAGCCUCCAGUGUGGGUCUGGAAAUUACUAUUACCAUAUUCCUGUUAAUAAGUACACACCCACCAAUGUCAAAUUCUCUCUGGAAAUCAACACAACAGAGCCACUGAUAGUCUUCCAGUGCAAGUUCACCCUUGGAAAUUUGUGUUUCCGUAGUAAAAUCGAGGCCAAAGGGAUGGAAAGUCAACAGGAAGUCUCCCAGGAGAUGACACAGGGAUAUCAGCACAUUUGGAGCCUCCCUGUAGCGCCACUCUUCGACAGUGGGUACCAUUUCCGGGUAGCUGCACCGGAUUUAGCUGACUGUUCAACGGACCCUUAUUUUGCUGGGAAAUUCUUUACAGACUACUUCUUUUACUUCUAUCGACAUUGUGUGUAAUUUAUUCAAGUUUGUUUGGGGACUCUGCCCAAGAAAAAUACUCCAAUAUAGUUAACAGAAACUUUUAUCCUCUUGCAACUUCUCUCUACCCUUUGUAAAACAUUCACGUUUAUUGCCAAAGGGCUUUUUCCAGGCUUUGGCUACCAAAGGUUUUGAGACAUUAGUGAGGAGAAUAAAGUGUUUGCUGGAAUUUGA